UACUAAAGAUCCAGACGUAGAAAUGGAAGAAGUUUAUAAAGAUCAUGAAGGUCAAGAAUUACAAGACCCGGUUACUCAAAAUCAAGACCAAAACCAAGACGAAUUCGCUGAACUACUUGAGAUAAAGAAGGUUGAACCGCCUAAAGUAAAUAAAAAGAAAGAAGAUGUAAAAGUGGGUCAAAAGAAGAAGAGCAACUGUAUGCAAUCUUGGAAUUUAAUGAUGAAAGAGAGAAUGGAAGUAGAAGAUGACCAAAGAAGGCAGUUGUUGGAGUUACUUAGAGAAAAUCCUGAUCUUUGUGCUCAAGAUAUCUCUGAGUUGGGCAGGACUGAUAUAAUUCGGCAUUGUACUCCUACCCAAGAC